CUCAGUAAGUAACAGAUGCGGGUGAAGGAUCCAUCAAGAGCCAACCCUGAGAAACUGAAGAGAAGCAAAAGGCCUAACAGGCCACAGGAUGAGGACUCCUCAGAUGACAUUUCAGGCUUAACCUGCCAGCACGUGAGCCAAGCAGUGGAUGUGCAUCAUGUGAAGAGAGUGGUAGCUCAGAGCAUCUGGUCGAUAUGUGCAGAAUGUCUGAAGGAGAGGCGGAUGAGUGAUGGUGAGCCUGUGGCACCUUCAGACAUAUGGCUGUGUCUCAAAUGUGGUUCUCAGGGAUGUAGUAAGAACUCGGAAGGCCAGCAUUCCCUGAAACACUUCCAAACAGCACGCACAGAACCUCAUUGCAUUGUUAUCAACCUCAGCACGUGGAUUAUAUGGUGUUAUGAAUGUAAUGAAGAGCUGUCAACACAUUGCAACAAAAAGGUUUUGGCUCAGAUAGUUGACUUUCUUCAAAAACAUGGUUCCAGGGCUGAACCAAGUUCAUCAAAAAUCAUACGACUCCAUGAAGAAAACAGUGAAACAAGUGAAAUACUGAAAGGAAAAAGUUCUGGUAAUGGUGCAUCUGUUCCAGUCAAAGGAAUAAAUAAUUUAGGAAAUACGUGCUUUUUUAAUGCUGUCAUGCAGGUAAGAUGAAAAGAUCAUACAUCUUUCUCUUUAUAGAUUUCAGAAAUAAUUAAUCUGUACAAACUGUGGACUUCAGAGGAGGUUCUGACUGUUGCCAGUCUUCGUUCUGUUUUUGAAGGUCCUUUCAAAUUCUUUUCGCUCCUUGUUAUCCAAGCAAUAUUUCCUGUUAUAACAAAAAAGAAUUCCUGAAUCAGUAGCAUUUUUCACAGUAAUGAGACAAAUGAAAAUGUCAAGUGUUUUACACAUUGCAUAUGUGUGUGGGUUGUACUGUAGCAUAUGGUU